AUGGGCUCGAUCGUCCUGCCUCACCUGCGGACCGCCUGGCACGUCGACCAGGCCAUUCUCUCCGAGGAAGAACGGCUCGUGGUGAUCCGAUUCGGCCGUGACCACGAUCGCGACUGCAUCCAACAGGAUGAAGUCCUCUACAAGAUCGCCGAGCGCGUGAAAAAUUUCGCCGUCAUCUACCUCUGCGACGUCGACGAGGUGCCCGACUUCAACACCAUGUACGAGCUGUACGAUCCCAUGACCAUCAUGUUCUUCUACCGCAAUAAACACAUGAUGUGCGAUUUCGGCACGGGAAACAAUAACAAGCUCAACUGGGUGCUGGAGGAUAAGCAGGAGCUGAUCGAUAUUAUUGAGACGAUCUACAAGGGUGCGAAGAAGGGGCGUGGUUUGGUUAUCAGUCCUAAAGAUUACUCGACGAGGUACCGUCUCCCGCCCCUUGCAAACAACCAACCUAUCUUCAUCACUCUUUUUUAUCCUCCACCCCACCACUCCACCCACACAAUGAUCGACCAACGCAUUUUCGAGGAUCUCCAGACCAAAAUCGACGAGGAGACCUCCGUUCGGGACGAACUGCACGAGAUUGUGCAGACUCUGGCCAGGAAAGGGCGCUCGACCCAGGCGGUCUUGGCUCGAGCUCACUCGACGCCAGCUGAUCAGCUGAAACCCGUGCUGGACAAUGUCACCACGGAAAUCCUCGCUCAGAAGCAAGAAGUGGCGCGUCUGAACGCCGUGGCCAAUAAACACCCGUUCUACAAGUACAAUGGGGUGUGGUCGCGGGAAUUGCAGAACCUAGUGACCUCCAUCGAGCUAUGCUCCUGGUUGGGAGGCCUGCAGGAGUACAAGGCGGGCUCGUUCAUGACUAUCGAGGAGGUUGGGGAGUUUUUGGAGAUCCCGGUGAACCUCAAGGAACAGGAUGCCUUCCAUUUGACGAUCGAGGAAUAUCUUCUUGCGCUCAUUGCCAUGGUCGAGGAAUUGUCGCGUCUGGCAGUCAACUCGGUCACCCUGGGUGACUACACACGGCCCCUCGAGAUUGCAAACUUCAUCAAGGAUCUCUUUGCGGGCUUCCAGCUGCUGAACCUGAAGAAUGAUAUUCUGCGCAAGAGGAGUGAUGGAAUCAAGUACAGCCUCAAGAAAGUUGAGGACGUGGUGUAUGACCUGUCCCUGCGAAAUCUAAUUCCCAAAGGCAGUGGUGCUGCGUGA